UAUCCUCCACCAGAAUGGGACACAGUGACAGCCGAGGCUAAGAAUUUGAUCAACUCCAUGCUCACUAUGAACCCCUCCAAACGUAUCACCGCUGCCGAAGCAUUGAAGCACCAGUGGAUCUUCCAACCUGAACGCGUGGCUUCGAGCAUGCACAGACAGGAAACUGUGGAGUGUCUUAAGAAGUUUAACGCCAAAAGGAAGCUCAAGGCGUUGUCGGUUUUUGGACCGGAUCACCAAAAGUGGCGUCCAGCUGAGAUGGGUAAAGAAUUGGGGUCGUCACACAUCGUCUAA